CAACCAAUCAAAAUUCAGAGUCGGUGAUGGUAGUAGUGUGAUGUCUGCUAGGAUAGGUGAUCUGCCGGGAUACGAGGCAAGGGGUAUGAAACCAACAAUUUAAAGGUUGGGAUCUGAUAUUCUCAAUCAUGGAGUUUUUGAAGUCGAUAGGUCACCCAGACGAGGUCAUGGCUCUCCUCAAGUUUAAGCUGGGAGGAGGUCAGCACAUCAUUCCAAAACAAAAACUGGAUGAGAUGUCAACAACUGCUAAGAAAUGUUACAUGUAUCUGAAUCAGACAAGUAGGAGCUUUGCUGCAGUCAUUCAGGCAUUGGAAGGAGAUCUCAGACAUGCAGUAUGUAUAUUCUACUUAGUUCUGAGGGCAUUGGAUACUGUUGAAGAUGACAUGACUAUUCCCUUGAAAGAUAAAGUCCAAAUGCUGCAGGAUUUCUACAAAAAUCUGGAGGAUCCUGAUUGGAAGUAUAUGGAAAGCAAAGACAAGGACAGAAUCGUGCUUGAAGAUUUUCCAGCAAUUUCAAUGGAAUACAGGGGUUUGGAUGAGCAUUACAGGGAAGUGAUCUCGGAUAUCUGCCAUAAAAUGGGAGAUGGAAUGAGUAAGGUCUUACAAACAGAAGUUGUCACAUUACAGGAUUGGAAUAUGUAUUGUCAUUAUGUAGCUGGACUGGUUGGAAUAGGGCUAUCAAGACUCUUCAGUGCAUCUCAGUUGGAAGACCCUAUCGUUGGCAAAGAUACACAUCUAUCAAACUCCAUGGGACUGUUCUUACAGAAAACUAAUAUCAUUCGUGACUACCUUGAGGAUAACAUUGAUAAGAGGGAAUUCUGGCCAAGAGAUGUAUGGAGCAAAUAUGGGAAAAAACUGAGUGACUUCCAAGACAAGGAAAAUAUAGAUUCAGCAGUGCGAUGCCUGAAUGAACUUAUCACUAACGCCCUUGAACAUGUUCCUGAUGUCAUCAAAUACAUGUCACGCAUCAAAAACCAAUCUGUCUUCAACUUUUGUGCAAUUCCUCAGGUGAUGGCCAUAGCUACACUUGCUAAGUGUUAUAACAACCGUAAAGUAUUCUCUGGAGUGGUCAAGAUUCGCAAGGGUCAAGCGGUCAGCCUCAUGAUGGAGGCUACAUGCUUUCAAAGUUUGAGAAGGAUUCUAUAUAAAUAUGCUCAGGAGGUUGGUAAAGCCAUUCCACCUGGUGAUCCAUCAGCUUUGAAGACACAGAAGAUUGUCAGCGCUAUUACCUCACUUGGAGAGGAUACCAUCACAGGGUAUAAUCUCUUCCCACCUCUCUAUGUCUCAGUGGCUAUCAUGCUUGCCCUUAUCAUAUAUAACUACUGGAGUACAUUAAUUCUACUUGCCGAUGAGUUAAUCUGAGUAAUGGACUCAUGUUCAACUAAGGAGAGUUUGAGACCAACAUUGCAUUGGUAAAAGCCAUGGAUGGAACAACUUGAAAUCAGAAGACUUCAUUUCAGAGAAGAGAAGUCAUGAAUCCUUAAAGCUAACUAGGAGUUUGUCUAACAAACUGUAUGUGUCUGUUUCAGAUGAGGUGCAACAGCAGUUAUUAAAUGAUUACCUGUCAAUAUUGCAUUAAUAGGCUUAUUGGUGAAUGAACAAUAUGGGUUACAAUUGCAGUCCUAUAAGAAACAAAAGAGAGAGAAAAAAAUAAGAACAUGAUGAUUUAUCAAAGUUAUCCUAUUCUAACCUGAUAAAAUUAUCAGCAUGUUUAUAUCCAAAGUCAUCCACAUCACGUUGUGUUAGAUCAAGGUGAACUACACACACACAUGGGGACCUGGUAGGAUUUUUCUGUUUGAAUGAGUGAAAUUUCGAAGUUUGACAAAGGUAUUACCUGCUGAAGCUAUGUUAAUCAUGCUGCAUUAAUUUAGGCACUUCUGAUAUAAGUAAGUUACAAGUGCUGUAUGAGGAAGUGUUUCAUGAAGAUGCAUAGCUACUCAUUGGGAUACACAUUAUUUGUAUUGAGUUUUCUUUUGUCAAGUGCACUUGUUUAGUUUUGGCAAACACCAUUGGACUGGACAUACUUUACAUGUAGGUGCCUGUUAUAUGAAGUGAGUUCUCUGGAGAUCACUAGAUGAAAAUAUAAUCAAUGAGGCCAUUUGAUAUUCAUGCCUCUCUUCAUUAUUGUACACUUAUCUUGAGGUGCAGAUUACCGGUAAUAAUGGGGCAAAAGACUUCUGCAAUCUAUUAAUGCUACAUGUACAUCGCUUGGAGUAUGAUUAAUGAAGGGCAAUUGAAGACUAGUAUGAUUUUGAUAUCCUAUGCUUUAAGGUAUUUCUUUGGGCAUGUUUUUGCUUCCACUUUUCAGGCCAGAAACAGCGUUUUCAUACAUGAUUAGUCCAAAACAUGGUUGCGUCCAUACUUACAAUUAAACGACGUUUCAGUACACCAAUUGUAAACUGACAAAAAGCUGCGUUUCUAAACGUUGUUUGACCAGAAUCCGGGUUUCUGGGAAGUAUAAACAGAACGACCAUCAUAAACUUGUUUAAAUGUCGUCAUUUCAUACAAGCUUCCGCUGAGAAGAAAAUGGUUCUAACAGGGACUUACCUCCACAGAAUUACCUCUCAUUUCCCUGGGCUGGUUCCAAUAAUGGCCAAUGUACAUUUGCAUGUGUGAUUUAAGUAAUAUCACUAUUACUACUCUAAUUUGUCAUCACGAUGGAUGUUGAGGAAUUUACAAAACCCAGGAUUAUGAGUUUUGAGGAGACAUCUCUGAGCCCAAGCCUGAUUAGUUGCAUAAACAAAUAUUAUUUUCUUAUGUAUAACUUUACUUUGAUAUUAUGUAUUUUGUCUUACUAUUAUCCUCACCAUGGUGGAAAUGUGGCGAUGUCAAGUAGCUUCAUGCAAUUACUAAAACAUCAGAAUUUGUUCGAAGUUUGAAUAAUAGUCGACCAUCACAACAGUAAAAAAAAAUCGAAAAAGGGUGUGCCCAGAUCUUUAUUUCGCCUCUGAAAAAUUAAGCAUAAACGGCACUUCCAGAAGCAUGUUUGCAAUCGGUGUUCUGAAAUGAAGUUUGAAAAUACGGAUUCUGUCUACGCAAUGGAAGCAUAAACACACCCUUUGUCAAGUCAGCCAGUAUCACCAAGGCAUUAACAAAUCUGUACAUUUUCAUACUUUAUCAGUGAUUCUUCAUGCAUAUUUCAUCCUAUAUCAUUCAGUUCUAUAUUUUCUAGAUAAACAGGAUUUGUUUUAUGCCAGACACUUUUUGUUUGAUUUUUAUAUGCCUGUAUAGCUAGCCUAACGGCCCAUAAAAUAUAAAAUGUUUAUAUGAUCAGAUCAUGGGAUGUGUAUAUAUGUAUAAAGACAAUCAUUGAAUAUAAAAAGAGAGCAAGUAAGAGCUAGAGAGAGAGAAGAGAGAGAGGACACAUAGUCUAAGGAGGGGAAGAUUUAUUCAUUAUUUUUUUUUUUUGGGGGGGGGAGGCAGGGUGAAAAGAGGACAAAGAAAAGACUUAUAAAAAUUGUUCACAAUAAACUUGUACAAGUUUUAGAUGACCUAUAUAUUAUUUUUCAUAUUGAAUUCAGCAUUCCGAUACGAAAUGAAAAGGAAAUAGGUUGUUUUACUGCAACAAGAACGCUCUGAAUCUGAUUUCUUUUGCAGAAAUGUGAAGCACACUCUAUAUUGAUAUAGAAAAGGCAUAUGAAAAUUGUAUUUUCUGCUUUAUGUAUGCACAAAUUUUCAUGAGGGCAUGUCAAUGUAUGAGGUAAUAUAUUUUAGAGAAUAUCUAAAAGGAUUUUACGUUAUAUCAUUUACUGUAUAUUUACACUUGGUGAAGAAACUGAAAAUUUGUGAAGGUGCCAAUUUUAAGUUUGUCAUCUAAUAUUGCUGUAAUCUGAAGCUUUGUUUUAAGGGAGACAUUUUCAUUUAUAUACAUUUAUGAAAAUUAAGUAAAUUGGAUUUAGCACGUUCAUUGCAUAUUCACAAUGAAAAGCAAGGACAAACAGAAACCUUAAUUUUUUAUUUACACAUUGAGUUAUACCUUGGUCACAUUUGUUCUACGGCGGCCGAACGGUGAUUCAAAAACAGCUGUUUUGAUCAUUUUUAUUCACACUACCUUUAUAUAGCUGGUACAAAAUAUUAAAACGACUGUUUUCGACUUGCCAUACAGCCACCGUAAAACAAAUGUGACCAAAGUAUUAGAGUACUCUGUGAAAGUCACUUUGUUUACAGGGGAAAAAAAAUGAAAACUGCCAAACAUGCAAGUAGAUCUCUAAUAACUAAUUAAUGUCCUUAUUCUGGUCAGGUAUUCAUGAUCAUUACAAUAUUUUCAUGUUUAUUGACCUUGGGCAAGCUAAUGCCAAUGAUUAACUGAUGAAGUGAUACUAUAAUCACAAAAUCUGAGAUUGUGCUAUCUGGAAAUGUAUCUAAUGUAAGCUGAUCAAGCAUUUGACGUGAUUUUGAUGUGAUGCAUUGUCUGUACAAUGUAUUUUUUGUAUAAAGAUAUGAUAUGUGGACAGAAAUUAAUAUUACAAGACCUUAAGUAUUAUUGUCCCAGAUGAUCUCUACAUUUUGUCUGUGAAAUGUCUUUAUGUAGACAAUUCUAAUAUUUGUGGUGGUCCGUCAGCAUAAUACAGUUACCAAGUGUAUAAUGAAGCAUGUACACUAACUUUAUCAAUGCCAUAAACAAAUAUUUUCUGUAUUCAUCACGAUUGAUAUAUCGUACAUGCUACACUGGCUUCAACUACAGAUUCUUUGCCAUACUUUUUGAUAAAGUAUUGUUUUAUUAGUUCUCAUUUAUCAAUCCUACUUUGGUUUUAGGACUGAGCACCAAUUUUGGAAUGGCUCUUUUUUGGGGAAUCAAAUUAAAGGGUAAAUAAGUGUAAUCUCUGAAAUAAGCUGACUAGAAGGUCGCUGAAACAUCUUUUUAUGUAGUUUAAAGGAGGGAUCACUAUGCUUCAUGCUGCAGUUGAGUUUUGUAGGCAGCUGAAUAGAAAGUUGAAUGUGUAUGGGUGGAAUAACAAUGAGUCAACAAUUGCAAUGUGACUGAUGUAUUUGACAUCAGUAUGAACAUUGUUUUGAAAAGGAAGCUUUUUUACCAUCUUUUCAAACAUGAAAUAUAUAUAUUCA